AUGGUAUUCACAACCCCAACUCCGAGCUCCAUCCAAGAAGCCUACAAUUUGAUAACACCCUACGUCCAUCGUACCCCGCUCCUCACGAACCGGACCCUCAACACCGUCGCCUCAACCCCACAAACCCCAGAUGCUCUUGUCGGCACCCCCUUCGAAGGCUCGUCCCCAGCGCAGCCGAAAAUAAACUUCUUCUUCAAAUGCGAAAACUACCAGCGCAUCGGCGCCUUCAAGGCCCGGGGUGCGUUCCAUGCACUGCUAAGGCUAAUUGAGCGCGUCGGCGAGGAGGAGGUCAAGAAGAAGGGUGUUAUCACGCAUAGUUCAGGAAACCACGCGCAAGCCCUCGCCCUCGCCGCCUCGACCCUGGGCGUUCCCGCGUACAUUGUCAUGCCGCGAAUCAGCACGCCGUCGAAGAUCGCAGGGACACAAUCGCACGGUGCAGAGGUGACAUUCAGCGGGUCGACGAGCGUGGAGCGGGAAGCUGUCGUUGCGGAAGUCCAAGCGCGGACGGGGGCUAUUUUUGUCCCUCCCUAUGACGAUUUCAAUAUUAUAUGCGGCCAGGGAACUACUGGGUUAGAGAUGCAUGCGCAGUAUCUUGACGCUGUGAAAGGGGAGCCUAAGUUGAGUGUGCAUAAUAAGGCUGGAGGUGUUGGAGCAGGACUAGAUGCCGUGAUUACGCCGGUUGGAGGCGGGGGGUUGAAUUCCGGGGUUGCUACGUUUUUCUCAGAUAAGGAGACGAAGGUCUUUGGUGCGGAGCCCAACUUCGAGGGUGCGGAUGAUUGUCGACGUGGACUUGAUGCCGGACAGAGGGUUGAGCGCGUGAGGACGUUGACGAUUGCGGACGGGUUGAGGACGCCGGUGGGUGUGCUCAAUUGGGAGGUUAUUUCGGAUAAUAAGAAAGUGGCCGGCGUAUUUUCUGUCUCUGAAGAGCAGAUCAAGGCCGCUAUCAGGCUUGUUCUGGAGCGGAUGAAGGUUGUUGUUGAGCCGAGUGCUGUUGUUGGUCUGGCUGUCUGUUUGUAUAACGAGGAGUUUCGACGUCUUGUUGAGAAGGAGGCACCAGAUGGUUGGGAUAUUGGAAUUGUCUUCAGUGGAGGGAAUACAACUGUAGAAGCCAUUGGGAAGUUGUUCAACUCAUAG